AUGACAGAAAAGUUAAUGAAGGAUAAAAAUGAUGAACUGCAUUUACAAAAGAUCAGAGAGAAAGACAUAAAAAAAUUGGAGGAAAAAUCAAUAGAGGAAAAAGGAGAGGCAAUCAAGGCUUAUCAACCACCAGUUCCAUAUCCGAGCCGUCUCAGAACAACACAAGAGGAUAAGAAUUUCUCUAAAUUUCUUGCAAUGCCUGUAUAUGCCAAAGUUUUGAAGGAAGUUUUGUCAAAGAAGAGGUCGAUCGAUGAUGAUGAACAAGUGGCACUAACAGGGGAGUGCAGCGCUGUUUUACAAAGAAAAUUACCCAUCAAGCAAAAAGAUCCAGGGAGCUACACAAUUCCUUGUGUUAUUGGCACUCGUGAAUUUAGUCAUGCUUUAUGUGACUUAGGUUCGAGUAUAAACUUAAUGUCGUAUUCAAUUUUAUGGGAACUGGGAGUUGGAGUGGUGAAGCCAACAUGA